CAACAGUCGCAAUUGAAUCGCCGCGCAAGGACAUUUUGCGAGCGUUUUCCCAAACAUCGUUUGUUUCGAAAGGAAAUAUUCAAAAAUUAAAUAUUAAAUAAUGAAUAAUUUUAUGACUGCUACAUGUUAGUGACUUGUGUACUGUCGUAGUGAUGAUGUGGUCGCGCUGGGCACUUACUUUCAUUGGAGUUUCAGUGUUGUUUAGGUGUACGGAUUCAGUGGAUCUUCCUCGAUUUGUGGGUCCAGGCUCCAAUGUGACGGUAGCUCUGGGUCGAGAAACAACCCUCACUUGCAAGGUGGACAACCUUCAAUCCUUUAAAGUGGCGUGGUUGCGCGUGGACACACAGACAAUCCUCACGAUUGCUGGCCACGUUAUCACCAAGAAUCACCGCAUCAGUGUCAGUCAUGGAGACGGUUCCUGGAGCCUUGUGUUACGGGAAGUGGCCCCAGGCGAUGGUGGCCGAUACAUGUGCCAAAUCAAUACAGAGCCGAUGAUGAGUCAGCUGCAUUUGCUACAAGUCGUCGUACCUCCGGACAUUGACGAUGAAGCAAGCAGCAGGGAAAUCAUCAUAAAAGAAGGUGAAAAUGCAGCGAUGCAGUGUGUGGCGUCUGGCACUCCAGCUCCGUCUAUCGCAUGGAGGAGGGAAGACUCACGGCAUUUCAAAAUCGAUAAUAGUACCUUAGUUUCAAAAUCUAGCGGCGAAUGGCUGAACCUGACAGGCGUGGAGCGAGCAACGUCGGGAGCCUACUUGUGUAUAGCUUCUAACGGAGUGCCACCAUCAGUCAGCAAGAGGAUCAUAUUGCAUGUUAUUUUCGCACCAUCAGUAUGGACAGGUCGUGUUGCUCUUCGCGCUUUGUCAGGGACUGCAGUUUCCUUGCAGUGUACUGCGGAGGCCUAUCCGGUGCCUCAGACGUACUGGGUGCUCAAUGGAGAACAGAGACUUGUUAAUGGAACAAAGUACCGCCACUCUCGAUCAUCUCGUGGGUACCGUCACACGGCGACGCUUGUGGUGAGCAACAUGUCACGCGAUGACGCCGGCUCGUAUCGUUGUCACGUCGAAAAUUCCGCUGGCAAAGCCUAUGCUGAUGUAUUUCUACAUAUGCUUACUACAACAACGACGACUACGACAACCACAACAACAACGACAACUACAACCACCACGACAACAACACCACCGACCACGUUAUUACCUUUCGUAGAAAGCCACCUAGAGCAGCAACCUCGCGAGGUUCUGGAGGAUCCUGCUCUCGAGGAUUCCUUCGUCGUUUUAAGCCAGCACCAGAUGCAAAAUCUCGAAAUGAUAACAACAAUGUGACCGUCGAUUGGGGGGCAUGCAGAGUCCCCGUGGGCAAACGGCUGGCCCCCCCUCCACGACUCCUCGGCAAUGACUGCGCCCGCGGCAGCCUUAGUGGCCACCAUGUUGGCAAUGAUGGCGUGAUGCCGGCUCGGACAAUGGCCGUUCUGUCUGUGCUUUUAGACUAAAAUGUCCCAUUGUUUGUGAUAAUUAUGAAUUAUAGUGACUGGCAGUUAAUAUUUUAAAUUUGUUUAACAAAUAUCCAAAAAGUAUCAUUUUUCUCAGUGUCAUUUAAAAAUGAUUACAUGUGUUAUAUCGUUUGUAUGUGUUAUGUGCGAGAUAUCGUAAAUUGUACGUAUAAUGUUAGUCGUAUGAUAAGUACCUCCUUGUUUUUGAUAACAGAAUGUAACCGUAAAUCACAACGAGUGUAAAAUGUAUCAUUUUUCAUUGUUUUGUAUAAAAAGUAUCAUUGAAUAUGAUAAGUAGAAAUUCUAGAAUAACAAAUUCUUCUAAGCGCUGUAAAUAAUCUUGCACAAGUACUCAUAUCAUCACGCUACUAUAUGUCUACUGGAUUAAAUAAGAAUAUGCAAUGCCAUACAAAUAGCUAUUUUAUUUAUUUCAAAUACAUGUUCAUUGUAUUAACAUCUGUUUGUAUGUCAAAAAAAUUAUUAAACUUGUUUUAUGGCAAAAUUGUGGCAUGAUUGUUAUUUUAACCAAAAGUAAUAUUUGAAUCUACACAACUUAUAUUUCUUGAAUUAUAUAAUUAUUAUUUUGAAUAAUAUU